AUGUUGAAAAAAAUUAUUAGUGGUGGACAAACUGGUGUUGAUCGAGCUGCUUUGGAUGUUGCUAUUGAAUUGAAUUAUCAAUAUGGUGGAUGGUGUCCUCGUGAUCGAAAAGCAGAAGAUGCAGUGAUUGAUCCUAUAAAAUAUGCCAAUCUUCAAGAAACAUCAACAGAUGAUUAUUCACAACGAACAGAAUAUAAUGUUCGAGAUUCAGAUGGCACAUUGAUCAUGAUCAUUGGUAAUGAAAAUACUAUGGACAAUGGUACAAAACUAACAGUCAACAUGGCAGAGAAAUAUCAGAAACCUAUGUGUAUUAUUAGUCUUGAUGAAGAACAUAAGAAUAUCAAUGAAAUAAAAAUUCUUGAAUGGCUUAUGAUAAAUAAAAUUCAAAUAGUAAAUAUUGCUGGACUACGAGAACAGACAAUACCUGGAAUUUAUCAACAGACACAAAGUUUUUUAAGAAAUUUAUUACCGAAAACUUUUAACUAA